AUGUACGAUCUGAAGAGCGAUGAUGAUGAUGAUGAUGAUGUGGAGGCUGAAGGUGGGAUCAUGAUGGAGGGUUUUCUGUUCAAGAGAGCCACUAAUGCGUUUAAAACAUGGAGCAGACGCUGGUUCUCCAUAAAGAACAACCAGAUUGUCUAUCAGUCCAAGUCUAAGCAUGAUAUAAAGAGUGUUACACUGCAGGCUGAUUCAGAGGAGACGAGACAGGGUUGGAUCAGCGCUAUACAGAGCAGCAUCAUCACGGCCUUUAACAGCACAUCAGGUCAGGAGGUGAAGUCAGUGCUGACCACUGGGCCUUCACAGAAAGAUGAAAGUCCAGUACAGAAGAUCAGGGCUAUCGAGGGGAACGACACGUGCUGCGAGUGCGGCCGGCCCGAGCCGGAAUGGGCCAGCGUUAAUCUGGGGAUCACACUGUGUAUCCGGUGUUCCGGCAUCCACAGGAGUUUAGGAGUAAACAUCUCCAGGGUGAGGUCUCUGACUCUGGACAGGUGGACACCUGAAACCAUUCAGCUGAUGUGCGAGCGAGGAAACAACAUGAUGAAUCUGAUCUAUGAAGCUCGCAGGGAGGAACUCGGGAUCAGAAAAGCUCAGCCUGGAGACUCAAGGGACGAUGUGGAAUCUUACAUCAGAGCCAAAUACAUCCAGCAGCGCUUCAUCAGGAAGGAACCUGAUCAAGAACCUCAGCUGUUGUCCAAAGAACCACAAGAACCACGACUGCUGGCUGUAGAACCACGACUGCUGGCUGUAGAACCACGACUGCUGGCUGUAGAACCACGACUGCUGGCUGUAGAACCACGACUGCUCGCUGUAGAACCACGACUGCUGGCUGUAGAACCACGACUGCUGGAUGUAGAACCACGACUGCUGGCUGAGGAACUUCAGAAGAUGGCUAAGAUGCUGGAAAAAGAAUUACAGCUGAUGGCCGAAAUACUGCAGCUGCUGAACAUCAAAUGCCAUUAA